UUAAUCAUUUUUUUUAAAAUUCAAAAACGUUUUUAAAAACAAAUACGUGAAAAAGUGAGGAAAAAACACAACAUACACGUUUCCUUGAAGAUUUGAGGAAGGGAUACAAGUUCGUCUAGGAUUGCAUCGGUGUCCGCGUGGAUUACAAAAAAUGGAAUAUCGGUUUCUUCUCAUUUGGAUUCUUUACCUUCCGCAAGUCACCAGUUCUACUAAACAGGACUGUCUCAAUAAGAGACAGGCGCUGAGCUCCCUCCGUCAGAUCCAGAAGCUGCUGUCAGAUCAAGAGGCCUAUUACCUGCAGAGCCUGCGCACCAUGAAGAAGAAGAUCAGCCUGCUGCAGAACACGAUUACCAGGCGGGUCAGCAAGCACAAUGAGACCUGCCCCAAGCUGGAGGUCCCAGACAACGGCAGGAAGAUGGGGAGCAUCUCAGCAGUGGGACACGAGGUGCACUUCCUGUGUGAGAAAGGAUUUGAACUGGUAGGAUCUGAGACCAGAGUCUGCCAGGAAUCCCACAAAUGGAGUGGCCAGCAGCCCUUCUGCAGGAAUAUAAAUGAGUGUGCAAAGUCCCCUUGUCUGAAUGGAGGCACCUGUGUGGAUGAUGUGAACCGAUUUGCCUGCAUGUGUGCCAGAGGCUGGUCCGGGACUUACUGUCAGAACUCAGUGUACUCCUAUUGGACAAGCCAGACCAACUCCUCCUUCAGCCGACAGCCUCACUGUGCCAGUAUGCAGGGAUCCACUCAGUGCACCUGCGACGAGGGCUUCCAGAUCGCAGGCAGAGACAACAGCCUCUGCCAGGAUAUUGAUGAGUGUGAGCUCUAUUACUCGGGGAGGCUGCCCCGCCUCUGUGCCCAUGCCUGUGUCAACACCCCUGGCUCCUACCGCUGCACCUGCCCCCCAGGAUACACCCUGCGCGGCGACCAUCGCAACUGCAAAGACGUGGACGAGUGUGCAAGCCGCCAGCACAACUGCAGCCGUGAUGAGCUGUGUGUGAAUACGUUCGGAGGCUUUCAGUGCAUGCAACCAGACUGUCCCAAACCCCUACAGAACAUCAGCUACGUCAAGACCUCCUUGCUGCGCUGUGAGCGGAACCCGUGUCCAGUGGACAACAAGGCUUGCGCUCAAGCUGCCUCCUCCAUCUCCUUCAGCUACCUGUCUCUAGUGUCCAACCUGACAGUGCCCCGCGUGCUCUUCCGCGUGUCGGCCACCCGCUUGCACGGGGACAGCCUACGCUUCGUUCUCUUGGGGGGGCGUGGCCGCAGUCCCUUCAUUGUGCAGCGCUCGGACCGGCUCACCGGGGAGCUGGUCCUGGUCAGCCCUGUCCUGGGACCCGCUGUGCUGGAGGCCGAGCUUGAGAUGACCGAACUGGAGAAGAAGACGGUCCUGGGAAGGUUCAUCUCCAAGGUGACCGUCUUCAUUUCACAGUACGACUUCUAGGCUUUCCCACGAGGCUACAAGGAGGAGAUGACCCUUGAGCCACACUACCUGGAUAUGUAAUCCAUCUUACAGCAAUCAAACGCUGCUAUCAACGGGUAAGGAGUUGGUGGAGUGCAAUCUUCAUAAUACAGUUGUCAACACAAGCAAGCUGACAGACAGAGAGACAACAAGGGAAGAGAACUUAUCCCCUCACUUCUGGGAAAUACUUUUAUUUGACUAUAUUGCUUCUCUCAGCCUUUAGAUGUACAAUUGAAAAAUGAAUACAGUGUUGUUGUACUAUUAGGUGCAUGUGCGUAAUGGUAAAGUGCAUAGGAGUAUUUAGUGGAGAGCAAUGCCAUUCACUUGUGAUGUAGACUCAUUUUCAGUAGCUGAAGUCCUACUAAAAAUUGUGAUCAGAGCUGAGCAGGAAGCAUGGACAGCUAAACUACCCCCUGCGCCAUCUAGGGCCCACUAUUAUUAUUGAAACGGUAAACAAAUACCUGCUCAAGCUUGUUUUCCUGUGGCGUGUUGCAUUCUCUGAUGUGCUGGUAUUGUUAUUAAUAAAGUUUCUUUUUUCUGAUA